GCAACUCAUCGUAAAAGUAGUCAAAGAGAAAAACAAAUAUUCGAGCACACAAAUUUACAACAGCGAAAUACUUUUAUCGCCGCGUUUAUUAUCUAACGCCGCGAUAAAAACAUAAAAUAAACGACUGUUGAGCGAACAUGCCUGGUUGUUGCGGCUGCUGCUCGGCGCUGCGGCCGCGCUACAAGCGUCUGGUUGACAACAUCUUCCCCGUCAAUCCAGAGGAUGGUCUCGUCAAGUCCAACAUGGAGAAGCUGACCUUCUACUCCCUCAGCUCGCCGGACAAACUGGAUCGCAUCGGCGAGUAUUUGUAUCAGAAGGCCACCAAAGACAUCAAUCGCAAACGCUACAAACUAGCCGAGAUCGCCAUGGAGGCAAUGGAUCUGCUGCUGCAGGCCUGUCAUGCUCAAACCACGCUCAAUUUGUUUGUGGAAUCGUUUUUGCGCAUGGUGCAAAAGCUGCUCGAGGACUCGAAUCCGAAUUUAAAAAUAAUGGCAACUAAUUCGUUUGUUAAGUUUGCUAAUAUAAACGAGGACACGCCCUCGUAUCAUCGACGCUACGACUUCUUUAUCUCAAAGUUUUCUUCCAUGUGUCACAGCGACAGCCACGAUUUGCGCGACAGCCUCCGUCUGGCUGGCAUCAAAGGAUUACAGGGUGUUAUACGCAAAACCGUGUCGGACGAUCUGGUCGAGAAUAUCUGGGAGGCCCAGCACAUGGAGAAGAUUGUGCCCUCGCUGCUGUUCAAUAUGCAGUUCUGUGUGAACGUUAUGUUUGUGAAGAAAAAUUUACUGGCGUCGGGCGACCUGACACCUGUUGAGGAUGCCACCAAUGUGACGCCCCCUGUGCUGGCGGAAGAAGUGCUGCGCGAGCUGGUCGGACGCGCCUCCUUUGGACACAUACGUAGCGUGCUAAAGCCGCUGUUGACACACUUGGAUCGACAUGAGCUGUGGGUGCCCAACACCUUUGCCAUACACACAUUCCGCAUUGUUAUGAUUUCUAUACAACCACAAUAUUCGUACACCGUGGUGGAGACCUUGAUGCAGCACUUGGAUAACAAUUUCAAGUCAUCGCCCAAGACACGCACCUCCCUGGCGGUGGUGCUAUCGAAGAUUAUUGCCAUUGCGGCGGGCGAGAGCGUGGGACCCUCUGCCCUCGAUAUUAUUAAUAAUCUGUUGACCCACUUGCGUACGAGCGUUAGCACAACCACCGAAAUAACACCAGAGGAAUCGCAGUACCAGGAGGCGCUGAUCAAUGCGCUGGGCGAGUUUGCCAACCAUCAUCCGGACUACCAGAAGAUCGAGAUCAUGCUGUUCAUCAUGAACACGGUGCCCGAUCUGUCCAAGAAGAGCAAAAGCGAUCAAAUGCUGCAGAAUAUAUUGCUCAAGUCCCUGCUGAAAGUGGGCAACCAGUAUAGCACAGUAUCCUUCGAGAAGGCCUUUCCCGCCUCGUUCCUGCAGCCGCUGCUGCGAAUGGCGCGCGCUCCACAUGAUCCAACGCGCAUAAUUGUGAUGCAGAUCUUCCAGGCGCUGCUCGAUCGCCAUCAAAACGAGAAGGUGCUGAGCACCGUAAGCGUCAAGCCGUAUCCUGCCCUAUCCCAGGAGCCGCCCUCACGCUCCGACAUCAUAUUCACGCACAAAUACGGCGCGAAUAUUAUGCAGGCGCUGAUCGACAGCAUGGCGCUAUCGGAUCGCGUGGAUGCCCUGACCUCCAGCUAUAAUACAGCUGCGCUCCUCAUUGUGGAGAUGUCGUGCAGCGAAACAGUGCAGGAGUUCCUGCUGUUCAUAUUGGGAAUUCAACAAGUGGCUUCCACUGUGGAGACUUUGGGCGCAGUGCAUCGUUGCAAUUUGCACUCGAUUGCCAUUGCGCUGCUGGUGCUCAUCUCGCGCGUCAGCGGCAUCAACAAUUUGCUGGAGUAUGCACAAAAGAUUAUUGAGGCGCGACGCGAGGAGGCCAUCUACUAUCUGCCGCCGCUGUUGGAGCCCAAGAAGGUGGUCACCAAGAACCUGAACUUGGCGCUGCCUCACCUCUCCAUUGAUAAAUUAGCCCUGGGCGAAUGCUUGCAGAAUGCUGGCAUGGAUGCACAGCGUCUCAAUACUGGUGCGCCGUACACACUCAACCAGACGGAUAACCCGGGACAUCGUCACUCCUGGGUGGAAUCGGUUAGCAACCACAUGACGCAGCGGAAUAGCUCUGCCGACUUAACGCUCUACAACGGCGAUGUGGAUAGCGUCAAUAGCUCGCCAGGAGUCUGCAAGAAAGCCCUAUCGCCCGAAUACAACUUUGAUGCGAUGAAGCGCGCCUUAGCCGAGCCCACGGAGGCGGCGAAGCGAGAGCAACGCGAGCGACAAAUGCAGAUUGUGCGCACCUUCCGUGAAGGCGAAUUCGACGAAUUGAUACGACGCACCGAGCCGAAGCACGAUCUGAUUCAAAAUCGCCUAAACGAGCUCUUCAACUCGCUGGCCGUGGAGCGCCAGAUAACGCAAAGCGAUAGCAAAACAGCUCAAUUGCAGACAACCAAUGAGAAGCCCGUCUAUGAGACGAAAUUCCCAGAGCUCUUCUACUACUAAAGAUAUAUAUAUGUAUAUGUAUAGAGAAUAUUUGAUGUAACCUGGUCAUGGAACAUGGAACAUGGAUACGGAGUAUGGUAUGGUAUGGUAUUUAUAGCACAUAAUAGCGAAAUUGUUUGUUUGUAUGUAUAUUACACGGGCAGGGAUCUAGAUAGUUAUUGUUUGACCGGGUCAAUUUUAAAUUAAAGUUCUGUUAUUACAAUACGCUAAUAGUAUUUGU